CACCGCAGCCACCGCCAAGUUUGGCCGCGCCGCCGGGGCUGCUGUCGCCCGCACCAUGUCCGCGGCCGCCUACAUGGACUUCGUGGCUGCCCAGUGUCUGGUUUCUAUUUCGAACCGCGCUGCGGUGCCGGAGCAUGGGGGCGCCCCGGACGCCGAGCGACUGCGACUACCUGAGCGCGAGGUGACCAAGGAGCACGGUGACCCGGGGGACACCUGGAAGGAUUACUGCACUCUGGUCACCAUCGCCAAGAGCUUGUUGGACCUGAACAAGUACCGACCCAUCCAGACCCCCUCGGUGUGCAGCGACAGUCUGGAGAGUCCGGAUGAGGAUAUGGGAUCCGACAGCGACGUGACCACCGAAUCUGGGUCGAGUCCUUCUCACAGCCCGGAGGAGAGACAGGAUCCUGGCAGCGCGCCCAGCCCGCUCUCCCUCCUCCACCCUGGAGUGGCUGCGAAGGGGAAACACGCCUCCGAAAAGAGGCACAAGUGCCCCUACAGUGGCUGUGGGAAAGUCUAUGGAAAAUCCUCCCAUCUCAAAGCCCAUUACAGAGUGCAUACAGGUGAGCGGCCCUUCCCCUGCACGUGGCCAGACUGCCUUAAAAAGUUCUCGCGCUCGGACGAGCUGACGCGCCACUACCGGACGCACACGGGCGAGAAGCAGUUCCGCUGCCCGCUGUGCGAGAAGCGCUUCAUGAGGAGCGACCACCUCACCAAGCACGCCCGGCGCCACACCGAGUUCCACCCCAGUAUGAUCAAGCGCUCGAAAAAGGCGCUGGCCCACCCCUUGUGAGGGGCCGGCCGCGCCCGCCGGACCGAACUGCUCCCGGCGCCCGGGGACGCGGCCGGCCGCGAGGGGGCGCGCCGCGGGCCCGCGGGUCCCUGCCCUCCGGCCGCCGCCGCGUUCCUCUCCCCGCAGCGUUUUCUAAAAAGCACAUCGUAGCCUGAGAUCAAAGUCCACACUUGGUCCCCUUGCAGAGGCAGCUCGGAACCGUCUCUGACUGUUGGAGGGAAGGCGAAUGCUUUCUUUUUCUCUCUCUCUCUCUCCUUUAUUUUUUUUGGGGGGGGUGGGGGUGGGGUGGGGGGAGGGGGGCAAGGCCAAGACGGCGGCGGCGGGGGGCGGGGCGCGUAGAAUUUUAAAGAUUUCAACACUGGUGUACAUACGUCUGACCCGGUGAGCGGACCUGUGGCGUCACACGGUGAUUCGGGGCCCUUUCUGCUUGCUGUCUCUCAGAAUUGUUUUCUUACCUUUUGGGUGUAAAUGACGAGUGUGCUUCGGUUUCUUUAGCAAAACCACUCUCUUGAACAACGUCAACCUUUGAGAUAAAAACAAAAAAACAAAAAAACACAAAAACACAAAAACCGACAAAAAACACGCCAUAGCACAGCUGUCUUUAUGCAAGCAAGAGCACAUCUACUCCAGCAUGAUCUGUCAUCUAAAGACUUGAAAACAAAAAAAGUUACUUAUAGUCAAUGGGUAAGCAGUCUGAAUUUAUACUAAUCAAGACAAACCUCUAAAAGGUUACACUAAGUACAGAACUUUUAAACCUUGCUUUGUAUGAAUUGUACUUUUUGAACAUAAGCUGCACUUUUUAUUUCCUAAUGCAGAGGAUGAAUAAGUUAACUAUGUGCUUUAAGGAUAGAAGCAGACAUUCUGUUUGGAACCACGUUAUAAUCUGCUUUUUUUUUUUAUAGUAUACACUUUUCCCUAUGAAAUCAUGGCAAAGAUGGGAGGGCAGAAUAUAUAUGACAGAUGCUGAAGGAGAAGGAGGGUAGUAUUUUUUUAAAAAAAUUCAAAAAGAACAAACAGAAUUUUAACUCUAUUAACUUUUCCAAAUUUUCCGAUCCUUUUAGUUAACAUCACCUUACUGUUCUAAUGCCACGAAGGGAGAGGGUUUUGACUCUGUUGGGUUUUAUUUGAAUGGGUGCGUAACAGUGACUUCUCUGGAAACACCGACUUUGUGAAGAAAAAGUGUGUUGGUCUCCUUCCCGUGUUCCUACAAACUCCCACUAACAGGUGCAAGAGUUAUGCAAAAAGGAAAAGGAAGCUGACGUGUGAAAAGAAAAAUGUAUCCCUGUUAAGUAGUGAGUCCCAAGGGAAAAUACCAUGAUGAUUUCCAAGGUGACUUCGAAAUUGUCCCUUUUGGAGAACGAAGGCACACAGAAUGCAUGUGAAUGAAGACACAUCACUGUAUCUUUGACAUCAGAAGCCUCACCACUAUAUAUCUUGUAUCCAGGUGUCUACAGUGGCCUAAACCACUACAUCCAUAAAAUGCCAUUUACCUGAAAACUUAAUUUUGGCCUUCACGCGGUCAGAAAAAAGUGAACUGUUUUCAUAGCGAAGAAGAAACCUCAAGUAAAGGGAGUCAGCAGUGAUCGUGGGAGAAAUGUUUACAUUUUCUUUUGUCAGAAAUAAUGCUUUCUGGCAAUUUUAUCUGCUAUUUAAAACAGGGAGCUAUGGUGCACUCUUGUUUAUACAUGUGCUGUAAGCUGUGUCGGGUAAACUUAGGGUGCCUCCCCGUCAGUGAACUCGUUACUUCACCUGACACAUGCGCGUUGCCAGGUUCAGAACCAGUUGUGAGCUCCUACAGCAGGCGUGGGGCAUGGCUGACUCCGACUUCCAAUACAAUAGCCAUCACUAGCACGGUGUUUUUUUUUUUUGUUUGUUUAACCAACGUAGUUGUAUUAGUAGUUCUAUAAAGAGAACUGCUUUUAACAUUAGGGACUGGGAACAGUCCAUUGAGAUAAAAAGGAAAGUGUUUUCUCACGGGAAAACAUGUCAGGAAAAAUAAAGAACACUUUCUACCUCUGUUUCAGAUUUUUGAAACGCUUAUUUUAAACCAAAUUUUAAUUUCUGUGUCCAAAAUAAGUUUUAAGGACAUCUGUUCUUCCAUACGAAAUAGGUUAGGCUGUCUAUUUCUUACUGAGCUCAUGGAACGGUCCUGCUUGUGAUCCUCUGCACGCUGCCUUUUAGUGAGUGAGGAGUUUGGGGUUGCCUAGCAACCCACUAACUUGGACAAACUCAUCUUCCCCUCACAGAAAGAAAUGAAGGAAAACCAAGCAAAGUCAGUGAAAGACAAUCUUUGUAGUUUCAGGAGUAAAUCUAUAUGUGGCUUUUGUUCAGCACUUGCUUAGAUGGUUAUAAAUGCAGCAACUUGUUUAAAAAAAAAAACAAUGCACAAUUUACUUCCCAAAAAAAGUUGUUACUUGCCUUUUCAAGUUGUUGAAGAACACACAUUUGAUAUUCUCUUAUAUGUUAUAGUAACGUAACGUAUAAACUCAAGGCUUUUUAUUCUUCGUGAUAAAUCCUGUUUUAAAAUGUCACAGAACAGGAACCAGCAUUCUAAUUAGAUUUACUCUAUCAAGAUAUGGUUCAAAUAGGACUACUAGAGUUCAUUGAACACUAAAACUAUGAAGCAAUUACUUUUUAUAUUAAAAAGACCAUGGAUUUAACUUAUAAAAAUCCAAAUGCAGGAUAGUAAUUUUUGUUUACUUUUUUAACCAAACUGAAUUUUUUGAAAGACUAUUGCAGGUGUUUAAAAAGAAAGAAAAGUUGUUUUAUCUAAUACUGUAAGUAGUUGUCAUAUUCUGGAAAAUUUAAUAGUUUUAGAGUUAAGAUAACUCCUCUCCUUGGUUAGGGAAGAAGAAAGCCCUUCACCACUAUGGAAUGAUGCCCUGGCUUUAAGGUCUAGCUCUACAUCAUGCUUCUUUUGAGAAUUAUAUUUGGUAGCCAUAUUACAGAAAUUGAUUAGUUGUCAGUUUGCAGGUAGAUUUAGCACAGCGCUCAUCACUCUGGAUAGAUUGAGAUGUUCUUUCACAACAGGUGAAUGAUCUGUAACACUGUAAGAUACUGAUCUUUACAACUGUUUAAUCAGUUUUAUUUUUGUACAGUAUUAGUGACCUAAGUUAUUUUGCUGUCCCGUUUUUGUAAAUCAAAUGAAAUUAUAAAAGAGGAUUCUGACAGUAGGUAUUUUGUACAUAUGUAUAUAUGUUGUCCAAAUAAAAGUAAUAAAUGACAAAGA